UUGAAGCCCGUCCUUUGUUCUGGGUAAAAACGGUUCUCCCCAAAAUACAGUGGCCAGAGGCAGAAACUGACCACAUGCCAUGAUGCCAGUUCAGUUAUUCAGCCUACAACAGGGCAAUCCGCACUAUCUUGGGCGCUCACUCGCUCGAAUCGGCUCCGCAGAACCCCAUCGAUUGCACGAUUUGCACCACGCGUUGCCGCCAUCCAGGCCAGCGUGCAAUGCGCCAAGGCCACUAACUAGCAGAUUCCAACGCCUACCACAUGCGGCGCCGGCAUUAACGCUCCCAAGAAAUUAGAAUCCAAGGUUGUCUGUCCCUUCGUCAAGGCUGAAACACGAUCGGCCCCACUAGAGGAACACAGGAGUUGUCUCCCAGAGGCUUUUGUCUUCAGCCUGUGUUGUUGGCGUCGUCCUCCGUGCCCCGUCCCUGCCUGCCCCUGUUCCGUUCCUCUGAUUGCUCUACAAAACUCUGGCCACAGUCUACCAACAACGAAUUCCUCUUCGUCACAUAACCAUUUCCCACCGUUUACAGCCCGAUUGGAUUACAAGAAUCCAAACACUGAGAUUUAAUUUCUUUAUUUAAGUGACGGGCCGCCCGCCGCCUUGCCGCACCUUUGUCCUUCAAAAUGUCCGCCGCCCAAGACGAAGUCGACCGCCUCCUCAAUCAGAAAGAGAAGGUCUCCUGUCAUCCAGAAGACUGUCUUGCUUCGGACAACGAUUCAAACCUAUCACCGUCGGAUGACGAGGAGAGUCUGACAUACCUGCACUCCGACACUGAAACCGAUACCUCCCACACCAUGAUUUCAAAGUCCGUAGGCUACCAUCUCCCUACCACCGUCUUCGAAGCGAACACUGGACCCAAAGGAGUGAUUGCGGAUGCUCAGUCAUAUGAAAGAGCGAAAAAACGCCCAUUCCGUCGCACGCUUAUGAACGUUGCUGGCCUUGACUAUACCUCCUACUCCAACUCGACGAAAGAGGAGUCUGACACGCGACCAGCCAAGGAAGCAUCACCCCCACCUGACGAAACCGAAGACGAACAGUUUAUGCGGCAAUGGCGAGAAGCUCGUAUGCUAGAGCUACAACGCAAAAGCAAAAGACGUGUCAGUCCUAGCAAGCGGAGGUACGGAACCGUCGAGGUAGUUAACGCGAACGGAUACUUAGACGCGAUCGAGAAAGUGACCCCAGACACUGUCGUGGUUGUUUGUAUCUACGAUCCUGAAUCUCCCGAGAGCAACAUUGUGGAGGACUGCUUAACUACCGUCGCCCGUAAACAGUCUACUACGCGAUUCAUUAAAUUACACUAUGAGAUAGCAGAGAUGGAACACGUUACUGCGCCCGCCUUACUAGCUUACAAAAAUGGUGACGUCUUCGCGACGAUAGUGGAUAUUUUCCAUCAACUGCCCGGUGGACGAGAUUGCAGUUCUGCAAGCUUAGAAGAUCUUCUCAUGCAACACCGAGUUUUCUGAUUAACGUUUCCCAAUUUUUCCCAUUACUUUGGACCCCCCCCCCCACCCCCCGCAAGAACAUUUCUUUUUGUUGGUCAACUAUAUACCCCUCUCUUUCACCCUCUCCUCUCUCAUAAAACGAAUUCCACAGUCUGCCACGAUAGAAUGAACCUCCUCUCCCCCUCCACGAAACGCAAAGUUUGCCCUCUAGGAUAGCGUCGGUGCAUUGGCGCAAAUAUUUUGCUUUCGUUAUUGGCUUUUAUGUCCCUAGUUACCAUGCUAGUGCUAUAAAUAAGAAAAGAAAAGAAAAGAGAAAGGAAGGAAGAAGAGAAAUACAUUUUACGGCCAUGACCGCUCAUCCAGGUACGGUACUGUAGCCUUCCAUUUUCACCUACGAACUUUUGUUUCCUUUUUUAGAGGAUAUAGGAUGACAAUGGAUGGCUUCUCUUCAUCAUUCCAUUCGUAUAUGUAGGGGCCCUUUCCCUUUCGUUAACCGAAGAAAAUGGCUUCUGUUCGGCCUUCUCAAUGUCAUUUCCUUGCCGUUCGUCUCGUCCUCUCAGCCGAACGCCAACUGAUAUUCCUAUUACUCCGCCGGUUUUCUUUGUCUAUUUUCCCCUCUUAUUUCUUCCCCUUUUCUCCAUAAUCCUAACCGUUAUGUAAUAUUAAUAUAUUUUCCUUACGUUCCCUCUCCUUUCCUUCCCUCCCUGUCUUGCCUGCUGAUUGCCCAAUGUUGAAUUUUUUUGCGGGUCUUUCUUUAUUUUUAUUUUUAUUUUUAUUUUAUUUUUCCUUUUUGUUUUCUUCUUCUUCAUAUGUUAAUAUCCUACCGUGCUCUUCUGUUUGGCUUUAGCUAUUUCAAUGGUUUUUGCAUUUUUUCAAUGUCGUCUUAUUUUUCCGUUGUUUGUUGGAAAUAGUACCGAUCGAUAUACGUUUCUGGCACCAAUGUUUCCCAUUUCUCUUUUCGUCCUUGACUUUCUUUCAGCGAACAUGUGCAUUUGUGAUAAGGGAAAUAGGGAGCAUUCAUUCUUCAUUCUUCGUCGUCUUCCUCUUCUUCUUUCCUUCUUCUUUUUCUCUUCUGUUUUUGUUUCCUCCGCCUUAAUUGUCUUUCGUAUGACAAACUAAAGUACAUGUACAAGGAAUAUUUAUCAAAGUUUCUUAAAUUACAAAUUCUCUGACUAUCUUCAUUUGAUUCUUUUUAUGGUGUUUGGAAAGUAGUCGGUAGCAGUGCCAGUGGACCAACGACCAACAACCCAAUGAAGAAAUUUAGAAAGAUAAAAGAAUAAAAUUAUUCAUUAACUAUAUAUUUAGAGUUCAUCAUCGA